AUGUCCGCGGACGACGCGAAGGAGACGCCGGCGGCGACGACGACGACGACGGGCGUGUUCGGAUCGACGGCGUCCAUGGGUGGAUUCGGUGGACUCGCGAGCGGUGGGUUCGAUCCGUCGAAGUUUGCGUCGACCGCGGAGACGGGAUCGGAGAAGAAGACGGACGACGACGCGGGGGACGAGGAUGAGGACGACGUCGAGGCGGAGUGCAAGGCGGAGUUCAAACCGGUGGUGAAGCUGGAGAUCAGAGAGGGGGCGGAGGCGGAGAAGACCGGGGAGGAAGACGAGGACAUUUUGUUCGAGGCAAAGGUAAAGGCGUAUCGGUACACGGACGGGGAGUGGAAGGAGAGAGGACUCGGACCGAUCAAGCUCUUGGAGCAUAAGACGUCGAAGAAGAUUCGCGUGUUGAUGCGACGGGACAAGACGCUGAAGAUUUGUGCCAACUUUUACGUGCAGCAGGAGAGCAAGGUGGCGGAACACGCGGCGUCGGAAAAGGCGUGCGUGUUCACCACCGUGGAUUGCUCGGAUGGUGACGUGGCGCCGGAGCUCUACAACAUGUGCAUCAAGUUUGGAAGUUCGGAGAAGCGCGAGGCGUUCACCGCGGCGUUCGAGGACGCGCAAAAGAAGAUGGCCGCCUUACCCAAGGACGAAACCGAGAUCGAGGCGGAGGCGGAGAAGGCCGCCGUCGCCGACGAGGCGGACGCGCUCGCCGACGCGCUCGAAGGCGCCAAGGUUGAGGGCGAGGGAAACUAA